AUGUCGCUUUUUCAGCGAAGAUCAUCCGCAAAAAGCAUAUUAAAUGAAUCAGGAUUAGAUCAUGAGAAGGUUUCUCUUAUGAACAAUGUUGAUUCUAGAGAAUUUAGUCCACAUCGUGUAUAUGAUUUUUAUUGGUUCAAAUGGGGGGCAGUUAGUAAAUCAUUAACUUGUAGUUUUACCGAACUUCCACAUUGGUUACAAGAUAAUUAUGACAUUUUUACUGGGUUUUAUUGUCAUAAUACAUUAAAGAUUUUUUAUAUUACAUUACUUUCUCUAUUUGGAGUUGCCACGAUAUUUGUGGCAACCGAUCUUCGAUUUCGAACACCACCGUAUAGAUGGUUUCGCACUGGUUUAUUUUUUGCAUUAGGUGGUAGUGGCUUCAUUCCUAUAUUUCAUGCAAUUAUACUUUAUGGGGUGAAAUUAUCAUUAGAUGUUAUUGCACUUAAAUGGAUGAUUAUGACAGGAGGUUUUUAUGUGCUUGGAGCUGUGGUUUAUGGGACAAGAAUACCUGAAAGUUUAUUACCUGGAUCAUUUGAUGUUUGGGGAUCAUCACAUCAAAUAUUUCAUUUUUUUGUUUUAGCAGGUACUUUAACUCAUUAUUAUGGUGUUAUUCAAGCCAUGACAUUUUGGCAUGAACAAAAUCAUGAAUGUCAAUUUGAUAUAGAAAAAAUGAAACCUUUAUAA